AUGGCUUUUGAUGUUGCAGUGUCAAAUAGUGGAUUAAUCAGAGUAUCUGAUGUCCAAGCAAACAAAAUUGUGCUCAUGAAAAGAACAGACAAUGAUAUAUUUAAAAUUGACACAUCAGUAGGGAGUGGUGAAGCUGCAUCCAAAGCCCAACUGUUAGAACCUACCGGUUUAUGUUUUGACUUCGACACUCUGUUGUUCUGCUGCUUUGGUGGUAAGAACAAUGGGUAUGUUCAGGUUUACACAACACUUAAGUUUGCAUGUGUAUUCAUGGAGAAAAUUAGGCAAAUAUAUGAUGCCAUUGGCUUUUUAGAAAAAACAGAGCACAAUCAUGUUGCAAGACCUGGGGAUAUAACAGAAUUGAAUAUGCUGAGGGCUUACAAAGGCUUUCCUUGUCAUAUUUGGAUUCCUUGCCAUAUUUGGAAAACUUUAUGAAACAGCGCAAAGCAUUUUUGAACACUGCUCCAGCUGGACUUGAAGGUACCAUGUACCACAUAUCUGUUAAAUGAUUUGCAGAGACAGUUUUGUCAUUACAAAAACAUUUAAAAGCAUGAGGGUCAGCGAGUUUGGGGAUAUGAUGCCAAGUUUCAACCUUUAUGUACUUACGAAUGAGUCAAGAAAGGAACAUGGGUUUGCCAAACACAAACAAUUAGGACAAUACAGACACCCAACAAAACAGCAGUAUUGCCACUCCAAAGGAAGCCAUGAGAUUGAAUUGAUAAAAAAAAUAUGCCAGUGCCCACAUUCCUAUCACACAAACUCAUUUAGUUCAUAUCAACCAACCCACAAGUCAUCGCUUUCAUCACAAAGUAUAAAAGUUGGAAUUAGGAACUUAAUGUUGUUUGUUCCACACCAUUAUCGGAAGAAGGUAGCAAGUUGCUGAAUCCAGGCCAACACAAAAUAUCUGAGAUCUAUAUAGGUUCAAAUGUGGAUAUGGGCCACAAGUUUUCUGUCAAAAAGAUGCUAUUUUUAAUGAUGCUACAGAGCAGCAUUAUCCAUCAUUUGCUGAGCUAAUGAAGUCACUUGAAGUUCAACGAGCAAAUUCUGGUGUUAUACAAGACAACACAAGACCUGAUGAGUAUGUAUUUGUGCCUGGGGAUAUUGUUGUGGUUAAUCCUGGGAUUGAUAAUGAUGUACCUAGUGGUGAUAAAUGGUAGUUGUUGCAAGUAAACAGGGCACACCCUUCAAGCAAAAACAAAAGUGCUUGUAACAUGUUUGGUUUGGCUUGUAACAUGUUUCUGAUUCUGAUGUUGGAGAAGAAUACCUUGUAGCUGAGGUUCCGGUAGAAAUACAGGCUGCUGAGCAUGAACAAGAACUACAAGUGCUUCAUAAAAGAAGGCAACAAAUAAUCAGAAAUGUUGAUGGUCAAAUCUUGACAUCGCAUAAAGAUCUCUACCGAAGCCAUCCAGUACAAAGAAGAACAACAAAACAAAAGCCAAAGGAACUGGAUGUGAAUGAAGCAGAACGAGACAAUCCAGAGUUCCAAUAG